AUGUAUUACUCUUCAGUGCUCACGGUUUUAGCCAGCGGCGCCUACGUCGCAGCCAUCGAUUCGUACAACAAUCUGAAUAAUCGUGAACAUGCGAAUAAACUGGGCAAAGCGGUCCAGGGCAAGGAAGUAACGCAUUUGUUCCGUCGUGGUGGUACUUGUGCCUUCCCUAACAACGAUGGCAUGGUCUCAGUUCAGUCCGACGGUCAAAACGGCGGCUGGGCGAUGAGUUGGGACCAACCAUGCUCGUACGGCAGCUGGUGUCCAUAUGCGUGCAAUCCAGGUCAGCUUUCUGGCCAGUGGGACCCACAGGCUACAAGUUACACGUAUCCGCAGUCGCAGUACGGAGGUCUCUACUGUGACGAGAGCGGAAACUUGCAAAAACCGAUCUCGCAAAACGACUACUGCUACGAUGGUAAGGGCACCGUUUCCGCCAAAAACAGUGCAGGUUCUGGAGUUGCUUUCUGUCAGACCGUAUUGCCCGGGAACGAAGAGAUGCUGAUCCCCACACUCGUGGACAGCGGAUCGGAAGAGACUUUGGCUGUUCCAGGAACCGAUUACUGGGCCAAGACCGCAUCCCACUUCUACAUCAAUCCACCUGGCACCAGCGUCGCCGAUGGGUGUAAGUGGGGAUCCUCGUCAAACCCUCAAGGUAACUGGUCACCCUACGUCGCCGGUGCCAACAUGGACGAUUCGCAGAACACUUUCGUCAAGAUCGGAUGGAACCCUGUCUACUUGGAAGACUCAUGUCCUUUCAAGAAUACCAGGCCAUCCUUUGGUGUGAGAAUUACGUGUGACGAUGAAUCCAGUUGUAACGGCUUGCCUUGUGAAAUUGAUCCUUCCAAACAGAACGUCAACGAAGUCUCGGGUGGUGGAGGUAGCGGAGCUGGCGGAGCCAAUUUCUGUGUGGUAACCGCCCAGAAUGGAGCCAAGGCCAAGAUCGAAGUUUUCGAAAGCUCUGGAAAUACCAAACGGGAUUUGUCGCACCACGCUCACAACAAGAGAGACACCCAGCACACUGUCACCAGUACUGUGAUUGUUUGA